GUUUUGGCGCUUCCAGUGUGAAGACCAACUUGGAUUUUAAACAAUUUAAAAUUGUGUAAAAUUUCAUAUAUUAUAUUAUUUAAAAUAAUCUAAUCAAUUACUGAAGUUCUUUUUAAUACGUCAAGUGAGCAACAUGAGUCCACCGGCUUUACUUAGCAAAGAAAUUCCCGAUAUUGAGAAUCUAUUGAAGCUUAAUCCAAGGGUUAAGUCAAAUUGUACCGUUGUUCCAACUACCGAAACCAAGGUCAAUAAAAAACAUUGGAAACGCAACGCUGAUCGAACAUGUACUUCUGGGCCUAAACUCAAGAACAACUUUGAAGAUAUCAAGCAUACAACUUUAUCUGAACGAGGUGCCUUAAAGGAAGCUGCUCGUUGUCUAAAAUGUGCAGAUGCACCAUGUCAAAAGUCAUGUCCUACUCAAUUGGAUAUUAAAAGUUUCAUAACAAGCAUUGCCAAUAAGAAUUACUAUGGCGCAGCAAAGGCCAUUUUCUCCGAUAACCCAUUGGGGUUAACUUGCGGUAUGGUAUGUCCAACGAGCGAUUUAUGUGUUGGUGGCUGCAAUUUACAAGCCUCAGAAGAAGGACCUAUUAACAUUGGUGGCUUGCAACAUUAUGCGACAGAGGUUUUCAAGCAAAUGGGAGUACAUCAAAUUGUAUCACCCAACGUUAAGCCAUUGGAUGCUCCAAAUAAAAGAAUUGCAUUAUUGGGAGGUGGACCGGCUUCACUAUCUUGUGCAACUUUCUUGGGUCGUUUGGGUUACAAAGACAUAACCAUCUAUGAGAAACGUUCAUAUUUAGGAGGAUUAAGUUCAGCUGAAAUUCCACAAUAUCGCCUACCUGUGGAUGUAGUUAAUUUUGAAAUUUCUUUAGUCAAAGACUUAGGUGUGAAAUUUGAAAUGAAUCGAUCCUUAUCCGUUAAAGAUUUAACUAUUAAUGGCCUACUUGAAUCCGGUCAUGAUGCCAUCUUUCUAGGAAUUGGAUUGCCGGAACCAAAAGUUGAUCCUAUAUUUAAAGGCUUAAAUGAAUCGAUGGGUUUUUAUACAUCAAAGAGCUUCCUGCCAAAAGUGGCAGAUGGUUCAAAACCAGGACUUUGUGCCUGUAAAGCCAGUCAAGCUUUACCACAAAUUUAUGGCAAUGUUAUUGUACUAGGAGCUGGUGAUACGGCAUUUGAUUGCGCCACCUCUGCUUUACGUUGUGGAGCCAAACGUGUUUUCGUUGUUUUCCGUAAAGGCAGUUCUGGUAUACGCGCUGUACCAGAGGAAGUUGAAUUAGCACGUGAUGAGAAAUGUGAAUUCCUACCUUAUUUAUCACCACGAAAAGUUCUUGUGAAGGAUAAUAGGAUUACUGGAAUGGAAUUUUGUCGCACAGAGCAAGAUGAAAAUGAUAAAUGGAUUGAAGAUGAAGAUCAAACUACUUCCCUUAAAGCAAAUUUUGUCAUAUCCGCUUUUGGUUCAGGUCUCUAUGAAACUGAUGUUAUUGAUGCUAUGUCUCCGAUUGAACUUGAUAAAUGGAAUUUACCCAAAAUAAAUGCAAAAACACUACAAAGUACUGCAGCACAAGUUUUUUGUGGCGGUGAUUUAGCAGGUACUGCCGAUACUACAGUCGAGUCCGUAAAUGAUGGCAAAAUUGCUGCUUGGAGCAUGCAUUGUUAUUUACAAGGCUUGCCUUUAGACACACCAGCCGAUUUACCACUCUUUUAUACAGAGAUUGACAACGUCGAUUUAUCGGUAGAACUAUGUGGUAUAAAAUUUGAAAAUCCUUUUGGUUUAGCUUCAGCACCACCAACUACCAGUUCAGCGAUGAUUCGUCGUGCAUUUGAACAAGGCUGGGGUUUCGUUGUAACAAAAACAUUUGGCUUAGACAAGGAUCUUGUUACAAAUGUAUCACCACGUAUUGUACGUGGCACUACAUCUGGCUACAAUUACGGACCACAGCAAGGCUCGUUCUUAAAUAUUGAACUAAUUUCAGAAAAACGAGCAGAAUAUUGGUUCCGUUCAAUUAAAGAGCUGAAGAAAGAUUUUCCUGAAAAAAUUAUUAUUGCCAGCAUUAUGUGUUCAUACAAUGAAAAAGAUUGGGUUGAAUUAGCCAUCAAAGCAGAAGAAUGUGGCUCUGAUGCACUAGAACUGAAUUUAUCAUGUCCACAUGGUAUGGGCGAAUCAGGUAUGGGCUUGGCUUGUGGACAGGAUCCUGUACUAGUAGAAAAUAUAUCAUUAUGGGUGCGCAAAGCUGUGAAGAUACCAUUCUUUGUUAAACUUACACCGAAUAUAACUGAUAUUGUAUCCAUUGCUAUGGCAGCUCAACGCGGUAAUGCAGAUGGUGUUUCUGCUAUUAAUACCGUUCAAGGACUAAUGAGUCUUAAAGCAGAUGCUUCACCUUGGCCUGCUGUCGGUAGCGAUAAACGUACAACAUAUGGUGGUGUCUCUGGUAAUGCUACACGUCCUAUGGCGUUGCGUGCUAUAUCUUCAAUUGGAAAUAAAUUACCAGGUUUCCCGAUACUUGGUAUUGGAGGAAUCGAUUCUGGCGAAGUAGCUUUGCAAUUUCUACAAGCCGGUGCUACAGUACUUCAAGUUUGUUCUUCUGUGCAAAACCAGGACUUUACAUUGAUUGAAGAUUAUUGUACUAGCUUGAAAGCUUUACUGUAUCUUAAAGCUAAUCCACCUCCACAAAAUCCACAAUUCUGGGAUGGUCAAUCACCACCAACACUAAAACAUCAAAAAGGCAAACCUGUCUUGCAUUUAACUGGUGAAGGCAAUAAGUCUUUGGGAUUCUUUGGACCAUACCAAAAUGCACGUGAAAAACAAUUAGAUAAUAUACGUAAAGACAAAGGUCCAAUAUGGUCUUUAGAGGAAACGACAUGCGUGUCAAACGGUACCAAUGGCACUGUCAGACCUGUACCUAAAAUAUCAGAUAUUAUUGGUAAAGCUCUUCCUCAUAUUGGCAGCUACAAAAGUUUGGAUAAUAAAUUACAAAAAGUUGCGCUCAUUGAUGAUGAUUUAUGCAUAAAUUGUGGAAAAUGCUAUAUGACUUGUGCUGAUUCAGGGUAUCAAGCCAUCGAAUUCGAUACUGAAACACACAUUCCACAUGUAACCGAUGAUUGUACUGGAUGUACUUUAUGUGUUUCUGUCUGCCCAAUAAUUGAUUGCAUAAGUAUGGUGCCGAAGAAAAUUCCACAUGUCAUUAAACGCGGUUUGGGUGAAGAGAAACAGUUUUAUACUCAUGCUUUAAGUCAAAUGCAAUAAAGCAAUUAAAUGAAUGAAUUCCAAAUUUAAAUAUUCCAAAUAUAAAAAAUUUAUACA